AUGAAAUGGGGGUCUCUGGAGGCCAGCAAAGGGCAGUACAACUGGGGAAACGCCGACAAAUUGGUUGCGUAUGCAGAGCAACACAAUAUGAAGAUCAGGGGACAUACCCUCAUAUGGCACGAACAGCUGCCCUCAUAUAUCGCGGGACUGGAGGGCAAAAAGGCUGAGCUCGAAAAAGUGAUCAAGGAUCAUAUUAAUACAGUAGCUGAACAUUUCAAUGGUAAGAUGUACUCUUGGGUUGUGGUCAAUGAAGUGAUCGAUGAAGUGUCCGGCGAACUAAGGGACAGCAUAUGGUCGCGAACUUUUAACUACAGUUUCAUUGAGGAGGCCUUCCGUACGGCACACGCGGCCGACCCUAACGCCAAGCUAUACAUCAAUGAAUACAACUUAGAAGCCGUUGACACAAAGUCAGACGCCUUAUACGCGUUGGUCAAGGAGUUGAAGGGUAAGGGAGUGCCCGUUCAUGGGGUGGGUUUGCAGGGGCACUUCAGGGAGAAUGAAAUUCCCUCAACUUUUCAAGAUAAUCUUAAACGCUUCUCCGAUUUGGAACUCGAUGUAGCCAUCACUGAGCUGCAGAUCAGGUAUCAGCUACCUGGGUCAGCCGAUAAGAUCGCUAAACAGGCACAGGAUUAUAGUCAUGCCUUUAGCGCCUGUAUGAAUGUGGACAGGUGUGUCGGGGUAACCGUUUGGGGCUUUACCGAUAAACACGCUUGGUUGCAAGAAAAGGGUUAUGGGGAACCGGAGUUAUGGACUGAGGAUUAUAAACCCAAACCUGCUGUAGACGCUGUCGCUAAAGUUUUGAAAUGA